CCCUCUGGUGGAGGAUAAAGCGGUAGAUGAUGACUGACUGACUCGCCCGAAUGUCCAAACAUCACAGUUUGUUGACAUGUGAUGAACUCGGGUGGAGACGGUCUGUGUCAAACACCGUCACAGCAGCAGGGGAACGUCCAAAAUGAACAAACAGAAGCUCAGGGAAAGUCCUGAGUUACUUUUGGGGGCAUCUGCUUCGUCAUAAACAUAAACCUCUGACACAAGGACUUGAUUGCGCUGAGAUAAGUAAUGUUGUGGAGGUGGAGUCAAGAACAACCUUCAUCCUCUCCAUGACGUGCUGGUCUAUGCACAGCACGUCAUUCACAGUUAAUUUAUUAAUGAUCAUAUUGAUCAUUCCUGUCCUGUACACAGUGUAUAUUUUUACCAUUCUUGUUUUAAACAAGGUUUUUGUGAUAUUUAAUUAGAUUUAUUUUUUUGGUGCUCUUAACUUUUGAAACUUUUGUGCUCUUUCUUGUACUGUAAGCUUCUAAUUAGUAGUUUGGUUGCUUUUUUCUGUCUUUGUUAAGUUACUGAUUGUGACAUGGAGUAACUGUAUCUAAACAAUUUCCUCUGGGAUAUAAAAGUAUUCUGAUUCUCAUAAUACAAGAAUAAGAGUCAAUCUGGAUAAAGUCGUUAAGGACAAACAAAGACGUUUGGGUGAGGCUCAAUGACGUGUUUCAGCUUCGACUCAGUGAGUUAUCUUGUGAAAUCAAACUCUUUGUGUGUGUGUGUGUAUUGAUCAGUAAAGUCAGCCCUCCUCUUUCAGUGUGGAGUUUACUCGGGCAGUGAACGGUCUGUGUGGUGACCACAGUCCACCGACUCUCAGCCAGUCAACAUGAGUCCGUGGACGCUCCACAAAAUAUUAUUUCUGCUGUUUCUUUGCAACUCAAAUGGACAAUGGAUGAGUCACAUGAGACCUCGCUGGGAAGACAGAUUCUCACCUUUCGACGACUUCUUAAAACGGCAAGAGGAUCCAAAAGAAAUCAGCACUAAACCAAGGUUCACCCUCCUGGCUCCAGACCUGCUGAGGACAGACAGCCAGGAGAACAUCUACCUGCAGACUGAGGGUUUGUCCAGUGCUGUCACGGUCUCUAUCUCAGUCUGGGACUUCUCGCAGACCACCACACUUCUUCAGGACUCAGUCACACUCAACCAGCAGAAUGGCUUCCAUGCUCUCAAGCCCAUACAGCUUCCUUCUGGUCGCCUGAAUCGUGAGGAGCAGAAAAACAAGUUUGUGCAUCUGAAGGUGAACUUUGGCGGCCUGCACUCUGAGGACAGGUUACUGAUGGUGUCCUUUCACACCGGAUACAUCUUCAUUCAGACAGACAAACCCAUCUAUAACCCCGGAGAUGUGGUUCGCUUCAGAGCCUUCGUGUCCUCUCAUUCCUUUCAGGCCUUUGAGAGCUCCAUCACGAUUGAUAUUCAGAAUCCAGACGGUGUGGUGGUUAAACAGCUGCUCAGGACUCAGGCCACUAACGGUAUCUUUUCAGACACAUUUGCCCUCUCAGACAUUGUCAAUGAAGGAACAUGGACAGUCAUCGCAAAGUUCGACCACAGGCAGCAGAACACGUUCACCUCCCAGUUUGAGGUGAAGAAAUAUGUGCUUCCUGCUUUCAAUGUCACCUUGACUCCCAGGAAGUCCUACCUUGACCUGUCCGACAGUGAGCUGGUGGUUGAGAUCUCGGCCAGAUACCUGUAUGGUGAGCCAGUCCAGGGAAAGGCUUUUGUGGUGUUUGGAGUGAAGAUCAACAGAGACAUGAUACGGUUACCUUCUGUGAAACAGGUGCCAGAUCUGGAUGGAGGAGUCGUCACACUCAGCAUGAAUGAGAUUAAAGCAGUUUACCCUGACUUGAGGUCUUUGGUUGGCAGCUCUGUGUAUGUCAAAGCCUCUGUGCUCACCAAGUCAGGCAGUGACCUAGUGGAGGCUGAAAAGACGGGAAUUAAAAUUGUGGAGUCUCCGUAUGUCAUCUCCUUCAAAGGAACAACAAAGUUCUUUAAGCCAGGCCUGCCCUUUGACCUCACAAUCCAGGUGAGCCAGCAUGACGGGUCCCCAGCCCGUAAUGUGCCGGUCAAGCUGAAUUUACUGGACACACCGCUGAUCGUCUCCUCCGGCACCACCAGAGCCACGGUCAACAUGCCCCAUGAUCUACGCUCUCAAACUAUCAUUGCUGAGACUACACAGGCUGGUCUGAGACCAGAUCAACAGGCCAAAACCCAGAUCACUAUUCUUCCAUACAUGUCCUUUAACCCACGCCAGCAAAAUUACCUGUACAUCUCCACAGGGACUGACACAGUGUCUGUAGGAGACAGACUGUCUCUGAAGCUGACUGUGGUCACUGCUGAGCAGACAGGCAAAAGCUUCACCACACAACACAUCACCUACCUGGUGCUGAACAAAGGUAAAAUUAUAACUGCUGAGCGUGUUGAUGUGACUGGUCAGUUGUUAACCAGCAUUGGACUGACAAUCACUCCGGAGAUGAUGCCAUCCUUUCGUUUUGUGGCUUUCUACACCAUUCCCUGGGUGAGGCGUGAAGAGGUGGUGUCAGACUCUAUCUGGGUGGAUGUGGCAGACUCCUGUGUUGGAGGGCUGACAGUUGGGCCAGUGGACGGAAUACACCGAGACUACACACCUGGGAAGAGCUUCAGAUUUCAGGUCAGAGGUGACCCUGGUGCAAACGUCAGCAUGGUGGCCGUGGACAACGCUGUCUAUCUGCUCAACAAGGACCGGCUCACACAGAGGAAGAUAUGGAGUGUGGUUGAGCGUGGAGAUAUUGGCUGCACCCAUGGGGGAGGCAGAGACGCCACAUCGGUGUUCAAAGAUGCCGGACUUCUUGUUUCCUCCAGCGCUGGGUUCAAAACCCAAACCAGACAAGACUUGCAGUGUCCAGGCAGUGCCAGGAGAAGGCGCUCUGCUGACCUGGUGCAGCGUAAAGCGCAGCUGGAGAGUCACUACAAGGAGAAACUGCAGCGUCGCUGUUGUAAGGACGGCCUGAGGGAGGUGCCCAUGCCGUACUCCUGUACACGACGCUCUUUCUACAUCACUGAGGGAUGGGAGUGCAUCCACGCUUUCCGCUACUGCUGCUCCACUUACAGGGACCAGGAGUUUAACACUGAAAUUCCCACCACGCCCCCUCCUACGACCACCACCCCGCCCACAACCACAGCCCUACCCACCCGCAGCGUUCUCUUCCCCAGAAUAGAUAUCAUGCCAUAUGGGGGGAACCGCUUCGAGGGUAGAGUUAUGUAUUCAAGGCCUGUACAGCCUAUACAUCGACCACGUCCACCACCUCCAAAACAAGAUUUACCAACGGCGCACAGGCCCGUCCUACAUGUCGACAAAACAGAGGCAGAAACAGGAAUGGCAGUGGAGGAGGAAGAGGAGGAGGAGGAAGAGUGGGAGUACAUGGAUGAAACAGAGGUUUAUCUGCGUAAAAGGUUCUAUGAGUCCUGGCUGUGGACGACUUUGAACCUGCCCACUACUGCAGAGGGAGACGGGUUGGCAACGAUGAAUGUGGCCAAUGCUGUACCUGACAGCAUCACAGAGUGGGGAGUUCUGGCCAUCAGUGGAUCACCUGAUACAGGUUUUUGUGUGGCUGAGCCGUACAACGUCAGGGUGUGGAAGCGUUUCUUUGUGGACCUGAAGCUGCCGUACUCAGUGGCCAGGAACGAGCAGGUGGAGGUUAAAGCCGUGAUCCAUAACUAUGGCUAUGAUGACCUGCACGUAAGAGUAGUGCUGAUGAAGACAGAGGACAUGUGCAGCAUUGCCUUCAAGGAUAGACACACACAGGAAUUGACACUGCCUGCUGGCUCCACUAAAGUGGUGCGGUACACCAUUGUGCCGCUAGUGGUGGGGAAACUUCCUCUGGAGGUGAUGGUUGUUGCCAGAGACCUGAUGGGAGGAGACCGCAUCCAGAAAUCUCUGAGGGUGGUGCUUGAAGGAGUGCAAAAGACUAAAGUGUGGAGUACAGUGUUGAAUCCAUCUGCUGAAGGGGGAACGCAGACAGUUCGAGUCAGUAAGGUGGAACUGGAGUCAGUUGUGCCAAACUCAGUUCCAGAAACGUUCAUCAAUGUCAGAGGCAAUGUGUUAGCUGACAGCAUCGAUAACUCCAUCAGUGAGGACUCUCUGGCAUCUCUUAUCCAGAUGCCUGGUGGCUGCGUGGAGCAGAACUUGGCCAGAAUCACACUGCCACUCAUCGCAACCCUCUACCUGGACCGAACCAACAACUGGGAGAGUGUGGGGGUGCAGCGCAAAACUGAGGCUAUACGAUACAUUAGGAGAGGCUAUGAGAACCAGCUGGCUUACAGAAAGCUUGAUGGCUCCUACCCCCCUUACAGACGUGAAGGUGCAAGUACAUGGAUCACUGCAUAUGUGGUGAAGGUGUUUUCCAUGGCUCACGGCAUCAUCGGCAUCAAUGAAAAGCAGGUGUGCGACCCUCUGCUCUACCUGGUGAAGAAGAAAUACCGUCCUCUCACAGGAAAAUACGCAGAAGACAACCCAGUUUACAGCACUACCAUGACUGGCGGCCUGAGGGGUGACGACCCUGAAAUAACCCUGACAGCCUUUGUCCUCAUAGCAUUAGCUGAGGCUAAGCAGGCGGGGAUCAGCUGCACUCGUCCAGAAGUGAACGUGGAGAUGGCCAUUAGAAAAUCACAGGACUUCCUGGAAAAGUCACUGGUGAAGCUGAGCAGGAGACCGUACACAGUGGCCAUCGCCUCCUAUGCGCUGGCAUUGCUGGGGAAAAAGCGUUUCAACCCAACACAAACAUUACUCAGGGCAGCAGGUCCAGGUCACAACCACUGGCCUGAUAGCCACAACAAACUGUUCACCUUGGAGGCGACUGGCUAUGCUUUACUGGCCCUGGUGAAGUUGGGACACAUGCAGGAAGCAACGUUACCAUUCAACUGGCUCAACAGUCAGCGGAGAAAAGGUGGCGGCUUCGGUUCCACUCAGUCCACCAUGGUGGUGCUCCAGGCGCUGUCUGAGUAUGAGAUCAACAAACCUCCACCUGGUGACGUCAACCUGGACGUGGAUGUGAAGGUCGCAGGACGCAAGGACAUCCGCUACCAUUUCAACCCCAGGAGUGCGUAUGCUGCUCGCUCUUCCAGGUUGCCUGCAAAUCUUGACCUGGAAGUAGAGGCUCGCGGUGGCGGAGAGGGAAUACUGGAGGUCGUGACCUAUUACAACCAAAUGCAUGAGGUGGACGAGAAAAAGCCGUGUGAACACUUUGAGCUCAGCAUCUCCAUCCAAGAAUCUAAUGAAAAACCUCCAGCAGAUGUAGAGAACUCCUUCCAACUCACCAUCAAAGUGAGAGCUCUGGGACCCAGAGACGUCAGGAUGGUGGUUGUGGACAUCAGUCUGCCAACUGGCUUCAGCCCAGAAAACUCUGACCUGGAGAUGCUGUCCAACUCAGUGGACCGUUACAUCAGUAACUUCCAGAUUGUUGAUAACCUGAGCGACAGAGGCUCUCUGAUCCUCCACCUCUUCAAGGUGUCACACAAGGAGCCAGAGAUCCUGAUCUUCAGGCUUCAGCAGAGCUUCAAAGUGGGACACCUCCAGCCGUCUCCAGUUAGUGUCUAUGAGUAUUAUAACCCAGAUCACCGCUGUAGUCGUACCUACUCUCCCAGCGAGGACAAAGAGGCUCUUGCUCAGAUCUGCAAAGACAACGUCUGCCGCUGCACACAGGGUGACUGCUGCAUCUCCAAGGCUGACACUGAACAUGUCCAUAACAAAGACAUAGAGACAUUUGCCUGCAAGAGCUUACACCACGUUUUCCAGGUGAAGGUCGUGAGUGUCAGCAGAAGUUACUAUGACAGAUAUGAGAUGGAGGUCACACAGGUCAUUAAGCUGGGUGAAGAGGCUGGAGUUGAAGUCGGCCAGAAAAGGCUUUUCAUGUCUCAUGGAGGAUGCAGAGAAGGACUCGACCUGAAGCAGGGCUCACAGUACCUCAUCAUCGGGCCCAAAGAAGACCUGUGGAACCUCGACAGUAACACAAACAGAUUCAUCUACAUGUUGGGAAAGGACACGUGGCUGCAGCGCUGGCCUGCGUCUGCAGAGUGCUCCAGCAGUCCCAGCCUGCAGGCAACAUGCAGGAGCCUGCAGGACGCUGCGCAGGAACUGUCCAUCCACGGCUGCAGACUGUAGACUUCAUGAUCAUCACAACACUACACAACACAACACUAACAUCACACAACACUAACAUCACGCAACACUAACAUCAACCACACAACACUAACAUCAACCACACAUCAACCACACAACACUAACAUCAACCACACAACACUAACAUCACACAACACUAACAUCACACACAACACUAACAUCAACCACACAACACUAACAUCACACAACACUAACAUCAAC